AGCUCAAACACUUUUUCAAACAGCAACAGCUUUGAGUGAUGAUAUUUAAUAAUGUUAGUUUUUUUUGACGUCGUCGCUAGAUGGUGUCGCGCACGCGAAAAAAAAAAAGAGAAAAGUAGCGGCUGACGCAGUUUCAAAAUGUCGUCCGAUCGCAACGUCUGCGUUUGUUCUCGGGUGUCGGAUCGUCAAAAGGAGCUUCUGCUGGCUUUUGUGAAAGAGCACCCACAGAUCGCGACGCUGUUGUGCCCGCUGGAGCCGUCGUUCACGAGGGAGGACCGGGACGACAUGUGGCAGGAGCUAGUAGCGCUUUUGAACGAAGAAGUCCCUGCGCGUAACACCAGGGCCCAGUGGCAGGCCCGAUGGAGGAAUGAGCGCUACUAUUCGCAGCAGUGUCUUGCCAAACUCCGAGGGCAGCAGAGCGGCACCCGAGGCGGCCAGAUUUCGGAUUACCGCGGCCGCGUCGUGCUUGACAGGGACGAGUGUGCGAGGCCCAUAGUUCGGGUGGUCUGAAUCGGUAA